UGAGCCCAGGACUGCCAGGCCGCCAGGACCCACCAGGUUGGCAUCGGCAUUGGUGAUUAUCUUCUACAUAGAUACCCCCUUCCAAACUAGGGAUGUAGGGCUUUGAAACUAGAAAAUGCUAGGUCUGAGAGAGAGGAAAGAAUGAGUCCAGCAAUACACAGAGCUCUGUGUAUUCACAGGGAAGUUGGCAGGGUUGUGUUCGGGCAUAGAAACUCCUAGUGGUACAAAGGGACGUGCCCAGAGUGGAGAAAUCAUGCUAAUUGUCUGCACCAGAGCUGGAGAACGCCACCCAAAAUGAAGAGAGAAAGGGGAGCCCUGUCCAGAGCCUCCAGUGCCCUGCGCUUCACUCCUUUUGUCUACCUUCUUCUGAUCCAGACAGACCCCCUGGAGGGGGUGAAUGUCACCAGCCCGGUGCGCCUGAUCCAUGGCACGGUGGGGAAGGCGGCCCUGCUCUCCGUCCAGUACAGCAGCACCAGCAGCGACAGGCCAGUGGUGAAGUGGCAGCUGAAACGGGACAAGCCAGUGACUGUGGUGCAGUCCAUCGGCACUGAGGUCAUCGGCACCCUGCGGCCUGACUAUCGAGACCGCAUCCGCCUCUUCGAGAAUGGCUCCCUGCUUCUCAGCGACCUGCAGCUGGCAGAUGAGGGCACUUACGAGGUGGAGAUCUCCAUCACCGACGACACCUUCACCGGGGAGAAGACCAUCAACCUCACUGUCGAUGUUCCCAUUUCGAGGCCACAGGUGGCAGUGGCUUCAACCACUGUGCUGGAGCUCAGCGAGGCCUUCACCCUGAACUGCUCACAUGAGAACGGCACCAAGCCCAGCUACACUUGGCUGAAGGAUGGCAAGCCCCUCCUCAACGACUCACGCAUACUCCUGUCCCCUGACCAAAAGUUGCUCACCAUCACCCGCGUGCUCAUGGAGGACGACAACCUGUACAGUUGUGUGGUUGAGAACCCCAUCAGCCAGGGCCGCAGCCUGCCCAUCAAGAUCACCGUGUACAGAAGAAGCUCCCUGUACAUCAUCUUGUCCACAGGAGGUAUCUUCCUCCUUGUGACCUUGGUGACAGUCUGUGCCUGCUGGAAACCUUCCAAAAAGUCUGGGAAGAAGAGGAAGCUGGAGAAGCAAAACUCCCUGGAAUACAUGGAUCAGAAUGAUGACCGCCUGAAAGCAGAAGGUGAGCUCUCACCCACCCACUCACCCGGCCCAUCUUCACUCAGAUCAGUGGGCUGCUGGAAAAAGGCAGAACUGGGGAGCAAGGAAGCCAGCUCUACGGGGCCCCUUCCUCCAGCAACUGCACGAAGUCUGCAGAGCAGGGAGAGGUGCGGCCAAGCAGAGACGCUUCCGCGAAGUGGAGAGCAGGAGCGGAAGAACGCCAUGGCGCGCUAUAUCCUGAAGGACAAGGACUCCCCGGAGCCCGAGGAGAACCCCGCCCCGGAGCCUCGGAGCGCGACAGAGGCUGGCCCGCCUGGCUACUCCGUGUCGCCGGCCAUCCCGGGCCGCUCGCCCGGGCUGCCCAUCCGCUCCGCGCGCCGCUACCCGCGCUCCCCGGCGCGCUCCCCCGCCACCGGCCGGACGCACACGUCGCCGCCGCGCGCCCCCAGCUCGCCGGGCCGCUCGCGCAGCGCCUCGCGCACACUGCGGACUGCGGCGGUGCACCUGAUCCGCGAGCAGGACGAGGCAGGCCGGGUGGAGAUCAGCGCCUGAGCCGUGUCGAGACCCCCGGGGAAGGGACCGCGGUCGCGGAGGGGCGAGGUGGGGGCCCGGGGAGCGCGUGGGUCCCGUGGCCGGACGUGUGUGAUCAUGCGCAGAUGGGGGGAGCCAGCAAGUCGGUGGAGCAUUUGUCUGGACGUGUAUCCCGAUUGUGUUUACUGUGUUUUCAGUGGGUCAGGAUUGUGUCCUCUUAGGACCAUAUAGAGUCUUACAUUUCCGGCCCAGUCCCCCAAGGGUCUUUAUGGAAACUAACAUCCGUAACCUAACCCCCGUGACUAUCCUGUGCCCUUCCUAGGGAACUCAUGAACUCAUGCUUGCCACCGCCCCCCACCCUUCCUUCCGAAUUGUGGCAAGUCCAGAUAGAGGCCACUUGCCCAAGACGCACAACAGUCCUAAACCAAGAGGAAGCCAGAUGCCGGUUCCUGGGUGUACGGGGCGGUUCUGAGCCCCGGGGAAAUCAUUGGGAAGACAGAGCCUUGGGGCACCCUUCUCUGGACACCUGGUUCCUGGUGAGGGAGUAGCACAAGCACAUGACUUUGCCCUAGUAAGGACAAAGGACUCCAGCCUCCCGUGGUUGGCCUCUUCCCAAAGCCUUCCUCAGCAGCAUGCCAUGCAUUCUUUCCGUCCCUGUUCACGAAUAAAAGACAGGCAUGGGCUUAUUCCUAUAUAGAAAGGGGUUCCCACUCACUGCCUGGCCCAGCAAGCUGGAACAAGGGAGGAACCGUUUUUAAUCCCUCGAAUCCAUACCUUCUCUCUGUCUUCCUUAACCAAACAAGCCUUUCAAACAAUCAUUAUCCCUGCAAAGGUUGUGGAGCUUCCUCCAGCUGUAGGAGAAUAAAGCUCUAAUUUCCUAAUUUCCGGAGAAUUCGGGGGGGGGGACUGCUCCCCAGGACAUCAGGGGAACCCCAUCCAACCAGUGACCUCCUGCCACCCACCUGCCCUGCUCCCAGGUGCCCGGAUCCCAGGGGCCGGGGACAAGGGCAGAUCACACUAAUUUACAGAGGGACUGGACUGCCCAGGCCAUGCCCCCUUGUAUAGUUCACAGGAGAGGCCUUAAUCCACUGUGUGAGAAAAAGGGACCAUUAAAAAGCUGAAAGAGAGGGAGGCCCCCUCUAUGUUCUGUCCUCUCCUCCCCAUGCACCCUUGGCCCUUCCCCCACCUCAUAAGCUCCUCUUCCAGGCAACUGCUUUCCCCUACUUCCACCCCAGGGCAAGCUUUGUCCCAAGCUCCCAGGACAGCAGCAUUUCUAUUUUGCACUCUUUCCCUCCCCUCAACAGCAUGCUGCCUAUCCCCAAUGUACUUGCCCAGCCUCCUGUGAGUGGAGGUGCCUUUGCAGCUCCCGCUAUUUAGCCAGAACCAAUUCCCUAACCUUGCCAAGUGCUUCAUCCAUAAUGAGAUAAUGCAUGCAGGGGAAAGUGGCUUAGGCAGGUAGGAGAUGCAGGACUUGGAGAAAGGGCACAUCGUGGUCAGCCUUGAGAUGUUGAGAUGCAGAGGUGAAGGUGGGGGUGAGAGGGAGAAGAGCCUACUGAACCGCAUGCCCUGGUGCCAAAUCCCUGAGGCACCAGCUUCCCAGGCUCAAGCCAAAUCUGUCUUAAAUUGGGGGGCAAGAAAGGAAGUGGUGUUUUUGUUUUUGUUUUUGUUUAUUAUUUUUUUCUUUUUUGAUCUUCAUCUUUGUAUUGCCAGCAUCUAGCAGAGUGCCUAGCACAUACUGGAUGCUCAAUAAACUUUUGAUGAAAUGAAA